AUGUCUUCUGACUCGGAGAAGGUGCGCGAGUGGCUACGCGCCAGACUCAAUGAGGGAGUGCAUGCUACUGCAAUCUUGAAGAAACUUGAAGAAGCUGCACAGAGCCCCGCAAAACCCUCUUCCGACACGGCACAGGUCCCUUCGGCAAAAGCUUCUUCGUCUCAGGAGGAAUUUCGUCUCUUCGGCCAAAGGUUAGACCCUCGUAUCGAUCCGAUCGGCGCCAUCAUCUUCAACGUUGUGUCCGAAUCUUCGGCGAGAAGACGACUUGCUCGCAGUGUGGCCAGCGACUUACAAAGCCACAGUGGCAUCUCUGCUCCCGGCGAACAGAACAGCGAAGUCAAGCCUCCACAGACCGUCAGACGCCGUGUUGCUCAGACCUUUCCCCGCAACACCAAGACACCCCUCUCGGCCAGACUCGGAGGCGGCGAUGCCCAGUCCCAGCUCCAGAACCAGCAGACUAUCUCCACGCCCGUAAUUGAAGACGACGAUGACGACGACAACGACGAUGAUGAUGAUUACGUCGAGAUCCUCAACGAAACCCCCAGUCUCCGCCGCUCUAAGCGUUCGCGCGUCUCUACGGAAGAGCAGGUAGGAGCCAAAAAGAAGCAGAAGAGAAAGAGUGCAUAG